CGUCGUCACACAACCGCCGGGUUGCUCCAUUUUCUCAAACAGGCUCAGGUCAUUGAACCUGACCGCUCCCUGUUUUAAAAGACCGGGCAUCACCUCACACACACUCUCUUGAGCUCAGAUCGAGCCGUUCGGGUCUUGCUCAUGGUCGAGGAGUGUAUCGGAGAGAGCGAAUAGAGCCGGGAGUCUGCGCGUCUCUUUUCCUCAUCAUGGAAGGCCCACCACUUGCGUCUUUGUCCUUGACGCAUGUCCACUACAACCCCGAUGACCCCAUCUCAUACAUAUGCGCAUGGCUCGCGCUGGUCCCACAGGGUCUCUGUGUCGCGUAUGCGACAUUAAUAUGGUCGACGCGCGAAGUCGAGAUCCUCCUCAUGUUUGCCGGUCAACUGGCUUGCGAGGCCUUGAAUUGGGGGUUGAAGCGGUACAUUAAAGAAGAACGGCCUAGUCAAAUGAACGGCAAAGGGUACGGGAUGCCCUCAUCCCACGCGCAAUUCGUCACCUUCUUCAGCAUGUCCUUGACCUUCUUCCUGCUGUUCCGCCACGUUCCCAACCCGGGCUCAUCAUCCUCAUCAUCAUCGUUCUCACACGGCCCCGCAUCACCAUCAUCAGCAUCAUCAUUCGCAGAGCGGGCACUGCUCUCGCUUCUAGCACUCGUGUCUGCUGCCGCCGUCGCCGCCAGUCGAAUCUACCUCAACUACCACACGCCCAAGCAAGUCAUCGUGGGCUGUCUCGCCGGCGUCUUCUGCGCGAUCUUUUGGUUCCUGUUUACAAGUUACCUGCGACAGGCCGGAUGGAUAGACUGGGCGCUGGACUUGCAGUGGGCGAAAAUGGCGAGAAUGAGGGAUCUCAUUGUCAAUGAGGACCUGGUGGAUGCGGGGUGGGAUAAAUGGCAGACGAAACGACGGCGAAAGUUGAAGCUCAGAGACGAUUGGACUGGCAAGUCUCUUUAGCUGAUUUCUUUUCCUCUCAUUAAUUUUCCUUUUUAAUUUCUUUUACUCCAUUUCAUUUCCUUUCUUAUUAUCUACUUUCCUUUAUCCCAUUUUAUUUCCCAUCUUAUCAUUUCACGCCCCCCUUUUUUCCUCCUUCUACGAUUUACUUCUCUAAAUAUAUCAACCUUGUACCUUGUAUAGACUCUGAAAGACCCGGGAGUUAGCUGUCCAUACUACAUCUACCCCCUCCUUUUGUUUUCUAUUUUAAAUAUUUUUGUAUAUAUCCAUUCAGUCAUCUUGUCAUUUCAUAUCCGUUCGAUUCUAACACGCAUUAUUUUUCUUUUCCAUAUAUAUACAUAUCUAUAUAUAUGUACUGCAUGCAUUUGAUCUUCAUCAAACACUACUUACUACCUUAUACUAUAU